GGGGUGGAGGCGGAAGUGGCGGCGCCGGCCUGGGGAGUAGGAAGGAGCCGGGGCUGCAGCCCGAGUGGAGCGGCUGCCAGCCGAGGAGCAGGCGCGGCCGCGUCGCCAUAUUGCGGCCCUAAGCGGCCGCGACCGAGUCAUGGCUGAGACCUACGACUUCCUCUUCAAAUUCCUGGUGAUUGGCAGUGCAGGAACGGGCAAAUCAUGUCUCCUUCAUCAGUUCAUUGAGAAUAAGUUCAAACAGGACUCCAACCACACAAUCGGCGUGGAGUUUGGAUCUCGGGUGGUCAACGUGGGUGGGAAGACCGUGAAGCUACAGAUUUGGGACACAGCCGGCCAGGAGCGGUUUCGGUCGGUGACACGGAGUUACUACCGAGGGGCGGCUGGAGCCCUGCUGGUGUAUGACAUCACCAGCCGGGAGACCUACAACUCGCUGGCCGCCUGGCUGACGGACGCCCGCACGCUGGCCAGCCCCAAUAUCGUGGUCAUUCUCUGUGGCAACAAGAAGGACCUGGACCUGGAGCGUGAGGUCACUUUCCUGGAGGCCUCCCGCUUUGCCCAGGAGAACGAGCUGAUGUUCCUGGAAACCAGUGCUCUCACGGGUGAGAACGUGGAGGAGGCCUUCCUGAAGUGUGCCCGCACCAUUCUGAACAAGAUCGACUCAGGUGAGCUUGACCCCGAGAGGAUGGGCUCCGGCAUUCAAUAUGGUGACGCCUCCCUUCGCCAGCUGCGGCAGCCUCGGAGCGCCCAGGCCGUGGCCCCUCAGCCCUGCGGCUGCUGAGACCUGCGGAGCCAGGAAGCCGUGCUUGUUCCCCUGUGCUUGGUCCAAAGUCCUUGACAGGCUUGAAAGUUCCUACAGGAUUUGGUCCUAUCCCCACCUCUCUGCGGGUGUGUAUGUCUUGACAAUUCUUGUCUCUGUGCUUCAUGCCCACCCAACCCUCCACCCCACAGCCACUGGCAGCUCCAGGAUGGUUGUGGAGCAAAGUGUUUAGUCUUUGGAUAUAUGUACUUAGAGAGCAGAGCCAACAUAACUUCCUGAUGAAUGGAUGUGGAAUGUGAGAGAGGAGUCAAGGAUGAGCUCUUUGGGCAGGGCUCUUUUCCUUCCAGGAUUUUGCGUCUGCUGUGCUUGUGUUCCCUUCUGGCACCAACUCCCAUUCAUCAUCAGGUCUCUGCUAAAAUGCCUCUUCCUGCAGGGAACCUUCAUAGGCUUCCCAAAUGGGGUCACUCCCUCUAGAUGGGCAGUCUCACAACUGCCCCUCCUUUUCAAAGCGUUCAACCGACAGAGUUGAUCAUUGUUAUCUGUAUGGUGUUUGUCUAACCCAUCUGAGAAGGUGAUAGAUCACAGACUCCAGAGCUGGGCUGCCUGCGUUUAUACUCCAACUCUGUCACUUCAUAGCUCUGGGCAAAUUCUUUAACCUCUCUGGGCCUUGGUUUCCUCAUCUGUAAAUGGGGCUAGUGAUAGUACCCACGUCAAUGUAAGUGUGGAGAAAAUUAAGUUAAUUCAUGUAAAGUGCUUAGAACAGGGCCUGACAGUCAGUAAACUAAAGUGCUUAGAACAGGGCCUGACAGUCAGUAAACUAAGACUUGAUAAACGAGGGCUGUUUAUUAUUUUUCUUCUUCUUAUCUAUUUUAAAGACUCUGGGCUAUGUAGAAUCAGAUGGGUGUGUACUCUUCGCCUCAGAACUUAGUUUUGAGUCUGUUUCAGGGUGUUCCCUCAGUGAAUCAAAUGUAGUAAGACUGCAUUUUCAAACUUUGUUGAUUGCACUCUAUAGGAGGAAAUAUACUUUAUCUGUUGAUCUAAUACAGUCACACACGUAUAAAACUAAUACACGUUCUCGUAUUAAUAUUCUUUCUCUUAAAAUUGAGGUGAAAUUCACAUAACAAAUUUAGCCAUUUUAAAGCAUACAAUUCAGUGGCAUUUAGUACAUUCGCAAGAUUAUGCAACCACCACCUCUGUCUAGUUUCAAAGCAUUUUCAUCACCCUUAAAAGGAAACCCUAUACCCUUUAAGCAUUCAUUCUCCAUUCUCCCCAGCCUCUGGCCCCCACC